AUGGAGAUAAACAAGUACAGCGAUAAGGGCCAUUUUAUGCCCGACUAUUAUGACCAAUUCGAUUCUUACGGGAGCCAGUGCAUGUACGAGUGCAUUAAAAUCUUCAAAUGCCACGACUGUGGCAAGUCCUUCGCUCAAAAGGACGAUCUCGCGGAGCACAUUCAGGAGCACGAGGUUGACAGAAAAUACAAGUGUGAAAUCUGCGAGGAAUGCUUUUUCGACGAGGGUACGUUUCGAGAGCACAAUCACACCCACGAGAAACCCCGCGAAGAAGCAACGGCCACGAUAAAAGUGAAGGAGGAGGGCGGCGGUGGACAGCGCCACAGGUGCGAAUGUUGCAACAGGACGUUCACCUGCAAGAGCCAAUUGGACAAUCACGCGGGUAUAACUAGGUGCGAGUACAUCCACAAAUGCCACGCGUGCCAAAUAUCGUUUGCCGAAAAAAACGAUCUCAUUGAGCACAUUAGGAGCCACGAGGGGGAAAAACGAUUUAAAUGCGAGUACUGCGGCAAAUCUUUUUCCGAGAGGCGCACUUUGAGAAUACAUGUGCUCAUCCACACGGGCGAAAAACCGCAUGACUGUAAAUUUUGCGACAAAUCAUUCCGUCGGGUGUCCCAACUUAACGUGCACACUCGCCUCCACACGGGCGAGCGACCGUUCAUGUGCCACGAUUGUGGUAAGACGUUCAUCGUGUCGAGCAACUUGAAGGCCCACACUCGCAUCCAUACGGGCGAGAGACCAUACAAAUGUGAUAUUUGCGGAAAAUCAUUUCCUUUCAUGGGUAGUUUGAAAAGCCACUAUCAAGUCCAUCAACAUUUUUAUGAGUUUAUUGCUAAGAAAAAUGAUCUUGCGGGGAUUCACUAA